GAGGGCGCCGUGGACGGAGACGCCUUGUGAGUCACGAAGCGGGACGAAGCGCGGCGCCGCCCCACUCGCCCCUAGCCGUCGCCAUGAAGGCCGUGGUGCAGCGCGUCACCCGGGCCAGCGUCACAGUUGGAGGGGAGCAGAUAAGUGCCAUUGGACAGGGCAUCUGUGUGUUACUGGGUAUUUCGCUGGAAGACACGCAAAAGGAACUGGAACACAUGGUCCGAAAGAUUUUAAAUCUGCGUGUAUUUGAGGAUGAGAGUGGGAAGCACUGGUCCAAGAGUGUGAUGGACAAACAAUAUGAAGUGCUGUGUGUUAGCCAGUUUACACUCCAAUGUGUCCUCAAGGGGAACAAGCCUGACUUCCACCUGGCAAUGCCCACAGAGCAGGCAGAAAGCUUCUACAAUAACUUCCUGGAGCAGCUGCGCAAGACCUACAGGCCAGAGCUCAUCAAAGAUGGCAAGUUUGGUGCCUAUAUGCAAGUGCACAUUCAGAAUGAUGGGCCUGUGACUAUAGAACUGGAAUCCCCAGCUCCCGGUACUGCUACUUCUGACCCAAAGCAGCUGUCAAAACUUGAGAAGCAGCAGCAGAGGAAAGAAAAGACCAGAGCCAAGGGGCCUUCUGAGUCAAGCAAAGAACGAAACACUCCCCGAAAAGAAGACCGCAGUGCCAGCAGUGGGGCAGAAGGUGAUGUGUCUUCUGAACGGGAGCCGUAGACACAGGAGGCAGGAGCUCAGUGUAUUACCAUUGGGCAGAACUGGAUCCUGAAAAUGGGAGAUGCUAAGCACCAACGCUGCUGUAAGAAUUUGGGACUGAAACAUGAAAAGGAAGACAAAAAUAAGAACUAGGAAACUGAAUAUCUGCAAGAAAACACCAAAGGACUGCUACCCUUUCUGUAGUUGCUGUGGUCUGAUGGGGCACUGCAUUGUGGUGUCUGGGGUGCACAAGGCAGAGAACACACAUGUCCGUCUCCCCCUCAGAUUUUCAAUGAUUUUCAUCAUGUCUUGACUCUUUUGGAACAGGUUGACCCGACAUCACGUGUCAUCCAGUACACUAGAUGUGCUCUGUGUGUUCAUGAUGGGUCUCCAGCACAUCCCUGCUGUCCGUCUUCCUUCCAACACUGCUUUGUAAAACAGGGCCUGUGUUAGGAUGUAAAAAUAGUUACCAUAACAGUGAAUUGUGUGAGACUUUGCAUCUUGUAAAAUUUCUCUUUUUUCUAAAAAUAAAUAAUAAUAAAACCCCAAAUCUCAACACAC